UCGGCAUAGUGCUGCUAUAGCAACAACAGGCGCUAUCAUGGGCACUUCCGGAGGAAAGAUUUUGUCAUUGUUUGCGGAAACAGCUACGCUUUUUCUAAAAGUCAUUAAAAGCAGCAGUAAUCCACUUUUACUAAGAUUAGAGACAAUUACCGCAUGUACUUUAUUGUUAAAAGGGGCAGGAAAGGCAGCUACGGAUCAGAUUUUGAAGGAUUUGAUGAAACAGUUGAAGAACGGCUUAACAGAUAAAGCAUUGGUGAUGAGGAUCACUUGUGCACAAUGUUUACAAGCUGUCAUUCAGCAUGCUACGCAAACAUUUUCGCAACAUGAUGUAGAGGGCUUAUUACAAAACUGUUUUAAAGCAUUUGAAAACUCGACUUUUCCAGUUCGUAAAGCAAUUGCAUCUGUCUGCGCAACAUUACUCGUAUUCACUCAAUCACAAGCAACUGUGGAUCCCAACAAACCCAACCUGAGACAUGCAGUGACAGGAGAGACAACAAAGAAAUCAGACGAUCCAAAAAGUGUAACACUCAUGUUGAUAGAAGAAAUGCUCUCACAACUUUCAACUUGUUACAAUAGACUCAAUGCUUCACGAGAACUCAAAACAGGCAUUAUCGAAACAUAUGCUACUUUAUUCGUUUUACUGGGUACCGAAUUUGUCGAAGCCAACUAUAGCACUAUUUCCAAGCAUGUUUUAUGCGAAAUUUUAGAUAUAGGAAAGCCAGCUACUGCUUCAGACGGAGCCUUUUUAAGGUCUCAAGUGAACUUUUUAUUGCAUAAUACUAUUGGAAAGCAGCUAUUAAGUGAACAGGGUCAAUCAAAUGCGAUUCGGUUGUUGGUUAACAAUUGGAUCAAGAAAUGGCCACCGCUUAUGGCAAAUCAAAGUGCACCCAACAAAGAUAUUUUGAUUUGUGUUACAAACUUGGUGUCUGAGUUGCUCACCGAACUGGAAGGAGCUGCCAAUUCAGUGCAGGACAUAUUAGUAGAACCGUUAUUCGUUUUAUUGACACAUUCCAGCUUUUCAGUUCAAAUGGCAGCAGUAUGGGCUAUCCGUUGCCUGUGCAACUCUGUACCAACCAACCUGCUUUACCUUUUGCCCAAAUCUUUGAAUUUGUUGGAGAAAAAUCUAAGCAAUCUAACAAAUCAAACUACCACUGCCAAAGUCUUUCAAAGAACAAUUGCCUACUCAUACACUGUUGCAGCUAUCAUGAGCGUCUUUCCGUCGCAUCCUAUCUACACUUCCUUCGAAUUGAGUGCAAGAGCCAUGUCAUUGGCAAGCCAACUCGUCAAGAAUGCCAAUAAAGAUCCUAAGAUUGCCAGUGUUCAAAUUCAAGCUGCUUGGACACUGGUUGGAUCUGUCAUGUGUCUCGGUCCCAAUCUCGUUAAAAUACACUUACCACAACUACUAUUGUUAUGGAAAAGCACACUACCAAAACCUACUGGAAAAGAAGCAAACACUAUCCGCUCAGAACAGGAGUGGUCCUUCUUAUUUCAUACUCGAGAAUGUAUCAUUGGCUCCAUCUAUAGUUUUUUGGUACACAACAAUCAAUCGCUUGUUACUCUUGAUAUUGCCAAAAGAAUUACAGCUUUACUCAACAACACAUUGGCCUUUUUGGCUACUGCGCCCAACAAUUUUGCUUCUACUAUCAGUUCGCCUUGUACGCCUUAUGAGACCAGACUAGUUGAUCAAUUCUAUUGCUUAAGAAGACGCAUCUUUCAAUGCUUUAUUACUAUCCGACCCCUUCUAUCUACUUAUGAGUCUUCUCUUAGUAGUUUGUUAAGAGGCUCCUUGUCUGUGUUUACUGAACCUGAAAAAAUAUCCCCUUCUUCUGGUGCACCUCAGCAAGUGACAGCUACUAUUCCUGGACAGUUUGUAAGUGUAUGGAAUACUGCUGACGGACAUGGUUAUGGUGUAACAAGCAAAAUGCAAGGCUAUCGUGUUGAAGUGGCUUCUGAGAGCGACGAUAGCGAAGAACCAAGAGGCAAAGAAUGGAUGACAAAAGAUCGAUUUGAACGCAUUGAAGAGCUUUUAGAACGGCCCAUUAUUGGGUCUUUGGAAUUAGAUCCAUUCCAUGCUUAUACAAACUUUAUAGAGCAAAAAUCGCUAAAACGACAACAAUCACAGCCAAAGAGAAAAACAUUCAUACCUCGACCUGUUUCGCCAUCCACUUCAUAUAUUGAUGCAAGUAUUGAACUAUUUGCUACCCUCUUUACAAAUCAACCUGCUCCUGUUCAAGAGUCAACGUUUGAGCUUAUGCUCAAGAUUGUCAGGGAUCCAAAACUGGAAAAAAACUCUCCCAAACGCGCUGCAGUACUUGUAAACAUUGUUGUUGCUUUACUAGGCGCAUUUAAAAAUAUCAUGGCUUUUGAUAAAAAGAGAAAAGGUGAAAUAAUUCCAUUUAGCCCUCGAGCAACACAGCUUGUUCAGGAGAUUUUAAUGGAAGUUGUUAUUCAUCCUGAUCCCUAUCUAAGAAACGCUGCUAGCGAAACUAUUGGCCGUCUCACCUCAAUUGUUGGUGGCUCAUUUGUUGCCGCACAAAUGCAGCUUUUAGUUGACCUUGUUGUUUCCAAUCGUGAUCCUGACGUGCGUGCUGGUUCUGCUUUAGCUAUUGGCUAUAUCUAUAGCCAUGUAGGCGGUAUGGCUGCUGCUGCUCAUUUGAAGACUAUUGUAGGCAUUCUCUUGUCGUUGAGUAGUGACCCGCAUCCUGUUGUUCAUGCAUGGGCUUUAGAAGCUAUGGCCAUGACUGUCAGCGCUGCUGGUCUCAUGUUUUCGGGCUAUGUCAACAGCACGCUUGGUAUGGUUGCCAAGCUCUAUUUGAGUGAGACACAUGAGCCUGGUAGUGGUUCUAUUGCUGUGACGAAUGCAGGCAUGUCUGUUGGCUUCACUGCUUAUCAAGAAUUUGGACGUAUUAUCUAUGAAUUGAUUGGUACGCUAGGCCCUGAACUCCAAGCUUCCUCCAAAGUAAGAGAGCUUUGUCUAAACAUGGUAGAAGAACUCAAAUUGGAGCCUGAUGAACGUGUUAAUGUGGAAGCCAUUCGAUGUAUUCAGCACUUUCUGAUGUUCGCACCUAGAUAUCUAGACAUAAAAGAAUUAGUUCCCUACCUUCAAAACCAAAUAACUAGUAUCCAUUUACCACUUAAAAAGGCUGCAGUAACAUGCCUUUAUCAACUCGUACAGCGCGAUUCAGAGCUCGUCUUCAAGGCAGCUCAACCAGGUCUUGAUAGCGAAUUGUUUAAGAUGCUUGAUACUGACCCUCAGCUAUCGGAUGUCAAGAAUGUUAUCAAGAACUGGUUACAAGAAACAGCAAUAGCCGAACCGUCUAUUUGGGUCAAUAUUACAAAGAGAAUUGUCACCGGUGCAAGUGGGAAGAUAAGCGACCAAGCUGUUCCUGUAGCUCUUGCACAAAGUGAAGAGGACGAAGAGGAAGACUUUGGUGACGAUGAUGCUGAUGGUUUUGUUGAUGAAGAUAAUGCUGAUAUCACAACAACAGUAGCUGAUGCAUCUGGUAUGACAUCCAAAUUGUCUGUUACCGUUGAAAUACCUCCACGUUGGCGCACUCAAUUGUUUGCACUCGAAUGCCUUCAGCAAACCAUCAAGAUGAUUUCUGCUAGUGGUACAAGAGAGCAUUUUGAUUUGAUUUUAGCGCGCCGUCGUAGACAGCAAGCAGGUAUUGGUGAUUUUUUGGUUUUUCGUGUACCUGAUUUAAUUCGAUUGUCUUUCACUGCUGCUACUGCUCAUGUCAAUGAGUUAAGGUUGGCCGGUAUCUAUUUAUUGCAAAUGGUUAUUGAAAAAUUCUCCAAUACGCUGGAUGCAGAUUUAGAAGACAUGUUAUUAUUAGAACAGUAUUCAGCACAAAUUGGUGCCGCUCUUACACCUGCAUUUGGCGCUGACUCUUCGUCUGAAAUUGUCUCUGCUGCUGUUAAAGUGUGUGCCAUCUAUGUAGGUAGUGGUAUUGUUAAGGAUCUGUACCAGUUAGGGCGUGUUUUGAAAUUAUUGACUUCUGCCUUGGACCGAUGCAAAGGAGAAUCUAAAUUGACUGGUGUUGGUGAAGUCAAGGACCUUAGUUCCCAUGCCUCUGUCAUGGUCAAACUAUCUGUCUUGAAUGCUUGGGCAGAACUUCAAGUGGCUAGCCAAAAACAAACCUACUUGAAGCAAGUGCUUCAACCCAAUUUGGCUGUAUUGAGUCCUAUGUGGCUCCGAGCCCUUCAAGACUAUGCUCGCAUUCGUCUUGAAUCUGAUAUUGUUGCUCUGUCCAGCCGUACAACAGAUCGUAUUCAAGCUUCAUCCAAUAGUGGUAUUGAUUCUAUGUAUUCUGCUGCUACAAAAGAUGUCACCUUGCCUUAUUACAAAAAAUCUUGGUUAAAAAUCAUGGAAGCUGUAGCUACAUUGAUUGAAACACAGGCGCCUUCCAUGUUGGAGGCUAUCAAUAGUAAUCCAGAUUCAGAAAAAUCAAGUGACCACCCAUCUAACUUGUUUUAUGUCUUGUUUGGUCUCUGUAUUGAAAGCCUUUCACGCAUCUCAAGUUCGAGUAGCAGCAAGUAUGACAACACAGCAAUCCCCAUUUGUUUACAUGCGCUCAAAACGUUCAUUCAUCCUUAUUUGGGAGGAAAACAAUUUGUUCCAAAAGCAGUAUUCCUUGAGUUGAUGAAUGUUUUCGAUAGAUUAGUACAGACAGAAGGAUAUCAUAUUCAGCUUAUCAUUAUCGAGAUCAUUCAAAAACUCAUUCAAAGCUAUGGUUCUCAUUAUCUUUGUAAUGAUUUAGAAGAAGAAACAGAUUAUCAUAUCAUGGAUGUUACACUUGAUCCAGAUGCUUUUCCUGCUACUGCCAAACUGUAUUACAUGUUACGAUUAUUGACUAAUGUGUUUCUUCAAAACAUUCCAAGAUUAUCUAACAAGCCUAUCUCAGCCCGUCGAUCAGGCCAAGGUUCUCAAGAAAGCCUUUUUUCACUUCUAGGCCUCUCAUUAGAUACAUUGGCACUUGUUGUAGGCAUCACACCUAAAAGCUAUAAGGUAGACUUGUUAGCCAUUUGUUUUUAUGUAUUUAGUCAAAUUCUGAUCGAGAAAAAAUACGAAACAACUUUGGCUCCGCAUGUUUUGAUCUCUCUCAAAACGGUCUUUCAUAACUUUGAGAAGAAUUUGACUCCGGAUGACAUUCAUUCUCUGGCAAGGAUUAUUUGUGCGACUAUCCAUAUUCUUUUAGAUGAUUUUUAUAGUGAUAGCAUUUCUGUUGCCUUACAAAAGAAUAGGCUUCUUGCUGUCGUUUUGAUCAUGACAGGUUGCCCUCAAGCCGUUUUAAGAGAUCAAGAGGGUAGAAUCACUUUUGAGAAAGUUUUGUUAAAGUCUUUAGACUCAGAUGAUAUUGAGCUCUCUAUGACAGCCCAUCAAUGCCUCCGCAGUUUUAUCAGUCUUCCAGAAAAAAAGAAUACCGUGCCCGCACUUGCUAGCUUGGGUCAAACUAUUGUCAAUUCAACUCUUUCUUUUGUUAUACCUCGAAUCCUUCAAGUCAAAAACAAAAAGAAUCAUAUGCCCGAAAGUGAGCUGAGUUCCCUUAAUGAAGAUACCAUUACUCUACUCUCUUUGACAAGCGGGGUUCAGGAAGAACAAACAUAUGGUGCUUGGCAUUGUACUGCCUACACUGACACAUUUACUCGACGAACCACCUUAUAGUGGAUAUGAGACUAAGGUUCAUGAGGCAACUUUGGUGCAUUUGUUAGCAAUUGCAACAAGUAUGCCAGCUGUCUUUCGGGAAACUGUUGCAAAGCUUCCGAAUAAUGUGAGAGAUAAAUUGGAAUCCGCUAUGCGUUACAGCAUUUUAGCAGCUCA